UGCGUCAUGGCUGUGCUGCUCUUUAGCUAUGAGCUGCGUGUUAUAAUUUGGAACACUGAUGACGUAGUUCUAGAAGACGAUGCUUUCAUGACAGGAGAGAAGAUGUCUGACAUCUAUGUCAGGGGUUGGUUGAAGGGUCAACAGGAGGAUAAGCAGGAUACGGACGUCCACUACCACUCGUUGACCGGCGAGGGCAACUUCAACUGGCGCUUCGUCUUCCCCUUCGACUACCUGAUGGCCGAGGAGAAAAUCGUCAUGUCCAAGAAGGAGUCCAUGUUCUCCUGGGACGAAACCGAGUACAAGAUUCCUGCACGGCUCACAAUGCAGGUCUGGGACGCUGAUCACUUCUCCGCCGACGACUUCCUGGGUGCGAUUGAACUGGACCUGAACCGGUUCACGCGUGGGGCGAAGACGGCCAAACAGUGCUCUCUGGACAUGGUACUGAAUGCGCAGGACCUGCCCACCAUCUCCAUCUUCAAACAGAAAAGGGUCAAAGGCUGGUGGCCGUUUGUGGCUCGAGAUGAGAACGACGAACUCGCACUAACGGGGAAAGUGGAAGCAGAGCUUCACCUGAUGACUGCCGAGGAGGCUGAGAAGAGUCCUGUUGGGCUUGGACGUAAUGAGCCAGACCCUCUGGAGAAACCCAACCGCCCCGACACCACCUUCCUCUGGUUCCUGAGUCCCCUGAAAGCUAUCCGCUACCUGAUCUGCCAUCGCUACAAGUGGCUGAUCAUCAAGAUGGUGCUGGCUCUGCUGCUUCUGCUCAUGCUCGGCCUGUUCCUCUACAGCAUGCCCGGAUACAUGGUCAAGAAGCUGCUCGGAGCGUAGGGCCGCAGUGGACGGGGGGAUUGGGAGGGGAGGGGUUACACGGUGAAAGAAGAAGCUGGUCUGAGCCAAAUGGGGCGGGGUUUGUCAGGAGUGGGAGGGGACACAUAGUUAAGAAGCUGCUGCUUUCAGCCUAAGGGGCGAUGUUUACACCAGGGGGAGAAGAGGUAGCAGUGCGUCUAAAGUCCCCCUUAAGCCCAAUUCACACCAAAGAUUCGCGACGAGACGAAACCUUUGCAGAAAGGAGUUGCAGCGGUGUGAAUUAAAUGUUGCACGUCGUUGCCAGCUGUUGCAAGCCGUCGCAAAAGCAUUCACCAUGUCUAGUCGCAGUUGCAAGGUUUUAGAACGUUGCAGCAAGUUGCUGGUUUAUAGAAUGUUGCAGCUCGUUGCAAAUCUUUGGUGUGAAUUGGGCUUAAGGGGACGAGAUUCAGGAGGAGGGAGGGGAAUAAGUUCAAAAAGUUGUUUGGAACUUAGGGGGGUGUAGCUUAGGAGGUUAGGGGGAGGGGACACUUGACCAUCAAACUACUGGGAACUUGAUUGGACUGAGACUAGGGAAAGGGGUGGGGCAAGACAGAGCUGCCAUUUUUAUCACAGAACUCAGAACUAGAAUGCUGGAAUUCACAACUUGCAAUAGUACUUGUCGUGGCAUUGAGUAGAUUGCUGUUGCACCAGUCAAGGUAAUUCAACAGGAGCAACCCUAUGUUUUGUUUUUGUCACAUUAGCAUUUUAAUGACAAUGUACUCUACAUAAUAUGGUUAAGAUUCAAAUGCUCCACUGAAUGGACAUUUGGAGCUACUAUGUCACCAUAGAGAUGCUAUAACCUUUGUUUGAGGGCACACGUACAUUUAGAAUUUCUUACUGUGCAACAGCAAACUACAAAAUGCAACAUGCAACUAGAAUGCUGGAAUUCACUAUUGUGGCCGUGAAUAAUAGUGGAAACUAUUCAGUGUCACUUACAAUCAUCAGUGAGAAAAAAAUAAGCAAGCCCAUAAACAAAAGGGAAUUGCUAUUUUUAAAGUAUUAUUAUUAUUAUUAUUAUCAUUAUUAUUAUUAUGAAUUUUCUUAAGGCUCUCAGAUUCAUCAGGCUUUACAAAUUGAAAUGUAAGUUUUCAGUUGCUCCAAUGGCUGAAUUUUGGGCUCAAAGAAAAAAAACAAUUGUGAUAAACUAGCAUUUUUUUCUUUAAAAUCACAUUUUGACAAAAAGUUUAAUACUGAAAAAAGGAAAAUAUAAAGUAGAAGUCUAUUUUGUUAUGCGCUUCAGGUAACAGACGUUACAAAUUAUUAGGUAGUAUACAUUUUCAUAAAACAUGUAUAUCCCAAAAGCUGAGUUUCAGAAAGCAAGUGACAUAACAUGGUCUCUUAUCAUUAGAAGGAUGUGAAGCCUUCUGUAAGUAUUCUUGAAUGCCUUUCUGGGUGAUCUUUUCCAUAUUCAUUGAAUGCAACAACACUAAGUGAGCAUGCAGCUGUGUCUGAACACGCACUAAUACCUAUAGAUUAGGAAACUGUAAAGACAUUAGGACAAGGUUGCAAGUGUCUCUUAGAGUGUUCUCCUUCGAUGUUACAUACUGCCUUGAACAUUGCACUUUAGAGUCAGUCCCAUCCAGCACUGAUGCUAACCUACAUCAGGUCAAACCAAGUAAAACCACUGUUUCCCUUUUUAAGUGAAGUUGAAAUGAUAUAUGGGUGGUCAGCCAGGGUUAGACUAAAAGAGAACUAGGUGACCUCAAGAAACACAAAUCUAUGUGAAAAAUCCCUGGAGUUUCCAUUUAAACUGUCACUGAAUGUGGCAUUGACGGAGAAACGGUACUGAAACAGGUAACCCUUCAUGAAGCACAGCUGGUGACCUGUUAGGCCCCUAUAUUAGCUGGUUAUAUUGGUUUAGCUGGUUAUAUUGGUUUGCUGUGUUUGGUUCAUUUAGUUUUAGAUCUUGCUUGCCUGUUUUGUCAUGAUGUUGUUUAUUACUCCAACUUAUCGAUCACAGACCAAACAAACACACUGCACUAACUUUUUGCUUGGUAACUUGAAAUUGUUUGUUUAUGUUUAUUUGUUUUCCAGUGUGUGCAAUAUUUAUGUAUUUAUUUAUUUAUCUUUGUCUGUACGAAUUGAAAUGACUAACAAAAUAAAAUUAGACACAUUUAAGUAAAAAUGUUUUACUCUA